CUGUGAGUCUGAAAUAGGUUUGAGUCCAGUCUGUAACAGCCAACCCAGUGGGCAGGACAAAUUUGCCUGGAAGUUCAAACUUUGUCCUGACUUUGCUUGUUCUUCUCUAUAUAUGAGGCUGGAUUGCUUAACUGGCUGUAAUGAAGUCCUGGUGUGUUCUUGCUCUUCUCUGCUUGACAUGUUUCUGUCAUGGCGGUCUUUCCUGCCCGGCUUCUUGCAAAUGCUACACCAAAAGAGCCGAGGUGGUCUGUAACGAGGUUCCCCUGACGGAGUACCCCUCCGAGGGUCUCCUGAAGAACACCACCCUGCUGACAAUCCAGUUCACAAACAUCACCUCCAUCUCGGAGCAGCAUCUGAACGCCACACCGCUGCUUCAAGGCCUCCAUCUGUACAGCAACCACCUGAAGAGCCUUUCCUCGCACCUGCUCAGGGGCGUCCCUCACCUCAACACUAUAGAUCUCACAGGAAACAGGCUGACCGAUCUGCCUGCAGAUGUUUUCAGCUACGCUCCGCUCCGUAGCUUGGUACUGAAGAAUAAUCAGAUUAGAAAAGCCGACGCUGAUUGGCUUCAUGAUGACAGCAACCUCACCUGGUUGGAUUUAUCUGGAAACCAGUUAACGAAGAUCCCGAUUGCUUUGCUCCAGAAGUCGCCCCACCUGGACAAUCUUGACUUCGCCAACAACCAGCUGGAGCAGAUAUCAGCAAACUCUCUGGACUCGCUGAGCAAACUGGAGAGGCUAAACCUGCAGAACAACAAGCUGCAUACUCUUGAUGCAUCUGUAUUUCACAACACAAGAAACCUCACCUCUUUGUUCCUCACUCGGAACAAGCUCAGCAAACUCCCCCAAAACCUUUUUCAGGGGCUGACUCAGCUCAGACACCUGAGUCUGGAUGACAACCAGCUGAGUCACAUCCCUACAGGUUUGCUGGACCCGCUGAACUCGCUGGAUGAAGAGGGGCUGGAUCUGACCAUCAACCCCUUCCUAUGCGAUGGGAAGAUAGAGUACCUCUGGAGAUGGCUUCAGAAGAACAAGAAGAAGGUUUUCCUGCCGGAGACCAUCACUUGUGCUGGACCUGAGUCUCUAACAGGGCGUUCAGUUAUGUCGCUGACAGAAAGUGAACUAAAAAUUGAGUCUUAACAUGGAAAUGUAUUGAGUUCAGCCUGUAACAGCUGUCUAAUAUGUCAAUCACUGACUCUCCUUAGACUGAGUGUAUGAUUAAAUAUGAUAUAACUCAAA